AUUCGACUUCCCUUCCAGGCACGCGAGGAGGCGCGAGCACCAAACUGUAUUGCUUGUUGAACGUUGGACCAGUUUCAGCUUUCGAAGGUGGUUUGAGUAGACCUGGAUAGAUGGAUGCACAACAUUUUGGACAAGCCAAAGAUUGAUGGUGUAUAUGAAACUUCAUAUCUGUCUGAAGUCUGAUUAGCUGACUUAAAUGUCAUGUUCUGUUGAGUACAGCUGAAAACGAAAAGCUUGUAAAUAUGAACAAAGGCCAGAAAGAGCACACACAUGCAGCCUUUUCCAGUCAAAGCAAGAACUGAUUGACUGACUGAACAGUUGGUUCAGGAUCCUGAACGGAGCCUUUGUGUCACGUUGUGGACCAUUUCCAGGUCUAGAUGCCUACGGAGGAUUUAGAGCACCGCACACCAAAGGAGCUGUUAAGCAAGCUGUAUCGCCUGUCCUGACGGUGCAGUUCGUGCAUAUUCCCUCUGUGGCUUUGUUGAUAACUAAGCAAUGGCCAUGGUGAGAGGGGGAUGGGGAGAUCCCAAUGGGAAUACUAAUGGACUUGGAGACAAGGGCUAUCUUAGGGGUGAUGAGGAUGAUGGGUCACCACAAGGCGGUGGCAGCGACAUAGAGGCAGGAGAAGACGACAAAGGCUGUGUGGUGGACUGUGUGGUGUGCGGUGAUAAAUCUAGCGGGAAACACUAUGGUGUAUUUACAUGUGAAGGAUGCAAGAGCUUCUUCAAGAGGAGCGUUCGGCGCAACCUGACCUACACCUGCAGGUCCAACCGGGACUGCCAGAUUGACCAACAUCACAGAAAUCAGUGCCAGUACUGCCGUUUAAAGAAGUGCUUCCGGGUGGGGAUGCGUAAAGAAGCAGUUCAGCGUGGUCGAAUACCCCCAUCGCAUGCUGGCCUCAGCCCAUCCACCACGCCGAUAGGUGGCGGCAGCAUUGGAGGAGUGAGCGAGUUCUACAACGGGCAGCCGGUGUCGGAGCUCAUCUCACAGCUCCUCCAGGCCGAGCCCUACCCCAACAGCCGCUAUAGCCACCAGUACGGCCAGCAGGGGACCAGCAGUGGCGGCAUGGGCAUCGACAACAUCUGUGAGCUGGCUGCCAGACUCCUGUUCAGCAUCAUUGAAUGGUCCCGCACCAUCCCCUACUUCCCUGAGCUGCCCGUUCCAGAGCAGGUGGCCCUGCUGCGUCUCAGCUGGAGCGAAUUGUUCAUCCUGAACGCUGCCCAAUCUGGCUUGCCUCUGCACACAGCGCCGUUGCUGGCCGCUGCCGGCUUCCAUUCGUCCCCCAUGUCAGCUGAGCGUGUGGUGUCUUUCAUGGACCAGGUCCGCAUCUUUCAGGACCAGGUGGAGAAGCUGAACCGCCUACAGGUGGACUCUGCAGAAUACAGCUGCCUUAAGGCCAUUGCCCUCUUCUCACCAGAUGCAUGCGGCCUGACGGAUCCAGCUCACGUGGAGAGCUUACAGGAGAAGGUUCAGGUGGCACUGACAGAGUAUGAGCGCGUGCAGUAUCCCGGGCACCCCCAGCGCUUCGGCCGUCUGCUGCUGCGCCUGCCUGCUCUCAGGGCAGUGCCCGCCAGCCUCAUCUCUCAGCUGUUUUUCAUGCGGCUAGUGGGCAAGACACCUAUUGAAACCCUCAUCCGAGACAUGCAACUCUCCGGCAGCUCCAUCAGUUGGCCCUAUGCAGCAGGGCAGUAGUUUUCUUCGCCGUUCCCAGAACGUCAGGCCAUCGUUUUGUUCAUUGGUUGCAGUAUUGCAUUCAUCAAUACACCAAUGUUGGCUGUGCUGUUAUCCACGGCAAUAAAUCACACUACUGCUAUAUUAGCUGACUAAUGUCCUCCAAAGUGAUGCACAAGCUGGGAAUGCUAACAUAAAGGAAAACUGGGGGGAAACACCUACCUUUUCCCUAUACUCGCUGGCCUCUUUAAUUAGGUACACACAUCUUAUAGGUGCUUUUUAUAGGUAAACCGUUCCAGACCGUUGCCCGUCUUUCAGCCCUGUUCUGUCUCAUCCAUAAGCAGUCAUUUUCUGACCACGGCACUGCUGCUGACUUCUCUUUGGAUGGCAGACAGUUCUUAACACAGUGCAGACACUCGUAGUGGCAUGGUGCUGCUGACACAAGUGGGUAAGGCAGCAGUGUUGCUGUGGGUUUUUACACAUUAGUGUUACUGUUGGGUUGAGAAACAUCUGACAUCUAAAAAUAUUCAGCCAAAGAGUGAUUGAUAGUCAUCCACAAACUUGUGGUUUCAGCUUGUGCAGGGCAAGAGAGACUCCAACUGUCUACCUACAAAAUGUUUUGGGGUUUUUUUUGUUUGUUUGUUUGUUUUUUAAAUACCAGUCUAACUGUAUACCUGCAAAGUGUUUCCGAUCUAAUUUUUGUUUUACCAAAGUGUAGUGUAAAAUGUAAUGAUCAAAUGUAAAUUUGAUCACAUCAAUAGAGCACUUGAGCAAGCAUGAAACACCAGUCCUUUUGAGCAUUAAAUUUCCAUGGCCCCUAGUAUUACCAUUAUUCAUUUUCUCUUGAGACCAGACUGCUAUUUUGGGAAAAUGAGUGCAGCGUUUAUUUGUGGAUAUGUAAUGAUGAGUAUCACACUUGCAGUAUUUAAACAGAAGAUUGUUUAAAAAAAACUCAAAAUCAGAAAAAAGUAAUUUUUUGUGCUAUUACAUACCUGUAAUGUUGGUAAAAGUUACUAAGAUGUAUACUUUUGCAUAUGGCUAAUAUUUUGAUGUUGGUACUUAUUACCAAAAUUACUCCAAAGGACUCCAGUAACUUCAUUAACCUACAUGGGGCUAAUGUAGCCAAAUUGACUGUCAUGUCUCUCCUUAAAGAGAGGAAAGUACUAAAACAGACCUAUUUUGAUGCUUUAAUUUUUUUCUUUUUUUUAAAUUUUAAAAUCAACAUUUGUCACACCCUCCAAUAUCUAGAGAUGCAGAAAAACAUUUAACUUACAAAUUAUGCAUUUGCUAACCAUCAGCCAAAUUCAUGUUGUAUGCUUGUGUCCUACUAUUAACUUGGCAUCAUACAUGGAACUAUGUUUGAAGUACCUGAAAUAUUCUGUUGACUUGGACAAAUAUCAGAAAUGACAAUAGUUCUAUGCACAGACUACUUCAUUUUAAAAUAAAUAAUUAAGAGAAAGUGAAUGCCACUGUUAUUCAAAAAUGCUUUUUUUUUCCCCCCAUAUGCAUACGUGCAGUAGUGUGAAUUAUUUCUGCUUUAGCAUGCUGUUUUUCCCUUGAUCUUUGCUAGUUAUUCCUGAACUUGGAGUUUGUCUAUAUAUUUUAACCAAAAAUACCUCUAUUGUCCUUAGAGACAUGAAAGAACCAUCAUAUGUAUCAGUUAACAAUGCCAUCACACCUUGGAUGCUUACUUUUACUGCAAGAGGACUGGGGGCAUUCAUGAACAAUUGCAAUUUGUCAAAAAUAAUUUCUUCAUUCUGCUUUUGUAUUGAUAAAAUUUAUGCUUAAUUUUUUGUUGUACCCAUCGAAUGGCAUUUAGAUUCUACAAGCAUGAGUAAAUGGCUAUACUCAUGAUGAGCCCUUUAUGCCCAUAUCACCAUAUAUUUUGCACUUUUGCAUGUUUCUGAUUGAGCAUGCUAGCUGUAUUGGACUGGCCACUAGGUGCUAGGGUAAUCUGAGUCAAAGACCUGUAACUCAUGAAUGCUUAAAUAUGAAUCCUCAUUAAAUAUUAUAUAUUGAUGUAGAGUUUAAUUUAGAAAGAGCAACUUUGGCUGUUCUUUUAUCUGAAAGUGGCUAAAUUAGUUCAGAAAUGCUCAGUUACUCUGUUGGAUUCAAUUGUAAAAUUCUUUCUACAUCCCUGUUGAGAGUGGCAUAAAAUCUAAAAGCUUUUUGAUUUACUGUGAGAAACAAACACCCUUAUAUGGUUUACCUUCAUAUAAUGGGACAGAAGCAUUGUUUGCAUGUGUGUCUCCACGUUUUCACUAGAGCUCAUAUGAAAACCUCUGUGAGGGUUUGAUUUCAGGACUUGCACUAUGAGUUGUAAAUACAGGAGAGUCUGGUUUCUUGUCAACACAGAGGAAUGUCCAUCCUCCCUCUUCUGAAAAGAGCAUGCUUAUCCAAAUGGUUACAUAUCAGGAGCAACUGUGGUUAUUGGGUUCUCAAUGCAUAAAGUUACAGUGCGAAUAUACUAAGCCAAGGUAGGACCACCAGCUCAUUGCUUUGUCAGUUUGUUCAGUGGAAUGUUUGCUAAAAAAAAAAUUCAAACUGACUUCACAAUAAUAAGCCAUGCAACAGAUUUGAGUCAUAUGUUCAUUUAUUGCAACUGCUUUUCAUGCCUUUCUUUUUUAACGUAAAAUCAAACAAAACCUCCGCACAAUUCACAGGAUCCAAC